AUGAUUAAAAUGUUGUUUGAUACAGCUGUUUUAUUACCAUUGCCUAUUUUAGGCAUUGUAGGUUCCGUUAUAUUUGGUUUAAUUCUUAUUUAUGCAAUCGGUUGUAAAACAUUUUUUCCUUCAUCACCAUCAAAAACAGAAUCUUCCUCGGCAUCGUCAAAAAAACAAGAUUCAAAACAUAGAUCAAAGUCGAAAGGAAACAACGAAGAGAAAGGUGUAUCAAAAACAAAUGAUCAAACAAAUAUAAAUAAAAAACAACAAUCAACAGAAAAAUCAUCGAAUAAAAAAUCUGUGCCAAAACCAAAAGUCGUGGUAACAACUGAUAGUGGUACAGAACAGGAUGAACCACCACAAAAAUCAACAAAAAAAAGUUCAUCUGGACAAAAACAACAACAAAAUAUAUCCCCAUCAAAAUCUUCGGCAUCAAAGGAUGUUGCUCCGACAAAUCAAUCGAAACAACAGACCACGACAAAAACUAGCAAAGUUCCUGAAAAAAAACAACAAUCAAUGGAAAAAGAUGCUCAGCAUCCAAAACAGCUUGGUGAAAUACGUUCUACCGUUAAAGAAGCUGUUAAUAACAAACAGGUUGCAUUAGAGAAGUCGAAUAAAGAACGUUCGUCAAAACAUCAGCAAUACGAAGAAAAUUUCAAUGGUGUAGAUGAAAAUGAAGAAGACUUAUUUGUGACAAAAGGGGCUAAGAGUAAAACAAAGUCGACAAUAGCUGAGAAAAAUAAAAAUACGGGAAAAGAACAACAACAGCAACGAACUCGAGAACAAACGGGAGAAAAAUUAAAUGCUCAAGGAAAUAGAAAUGUUGAAAAUAAUCAGACACAACAACAGACUACGACAAAACAAGUUGAUUCGAAAUUGAAAGCACAGCAACCUGUGCAAGGACAACAACAAACAGAAACAAAGUUGAAAAAAGAAAAACAUACAGCACAUGUUGAAGGUGUCGAAGGUCACAAUGAUGAUGCUGAUCAUGAAGACGAUGGACAGUGGUUAACACAAGGUGCAAGUAAACAGGUAAGCAAUCGUAAUCGUAAAACAAAAAGUGAUCAGGUGUCUCCAAAUUCAAAUGAACAACAAAAAAAAAGCUCAUCAAGUAAAAUACCGGUGAGAUUAAAUAAUGAUGUAAAUUCAAAAACAAGUCCAACUCAUACCAGUGCGACUAAUAGGCAUAACGGUUCCGAUAAUAGGUAUAGAGAGACAAUGAAAUCAGAUAUAACCACAUCACUAGCGUCAUCAAACCUACAAUAUCAUCAGCACCAACCGUCAGAACCAAUUGAAAUUUGUCAAAUACUUCCUGUUUCAACAGAUCCGUAUACCACAAAUGAUGACUGGUGGAAAUUACAACAAACAAACUCAAAAAUGACGGGUUCAAAUAAUAAAUCGUUUAAUGUCCAUGAUAUUGGAGAAUGGCCAGAAUAUGUUGAAGAAGAAUUUAAAGUUUGUGUAAAAAAGAUUAUACCCUAUUCAUUACAAACGAACAUAGUUGAAAAACAAGAUCAACAAAAACAAGCACAUGAUGCAGAUAUAGACGAUUUAGAUGAUUUACGGGUGGACGUUGAUUCAAAUACAUUAGAUACUGAAACAAUUGAGGAUGAUGAUGAAAUGCAGUCAUCCCUAAAAGCUCCAGAAGAAGAUAGAAUUGGUGAAAAUGGAGAAGAAAGUGGCGAAGAAGAUGUUGAGAAUGAAGAUGAUGAAGAUGAAGAUGAAUCUGAAUCAGAUGAAAUUGUCAGUCAUGAUCAGAUAGAGAAUGAAGAUGAUACCAAAUAUAAUGCAGUCGAAUCGAUUAAUACCGCUACUACUAUGGAUAAAGUUUUAUGUGGUAUAAAACCAUCACAUUCUAAACUUGUGUAUGAUACAUCAUACAAUCAUAAAACAACCAUCGAUGAACUAAAAAUUCUAACAACAAAAUGUCUUGGUCCAAAAGUAUUGGUUGCUGCUGCCAAAAACAAUGAUCCUUCAACACUUUUACAUUUGGUUGCAUGUGGACCACUCAAUAUUUUUCAGUUAAAUACAACGUUGAAUAAACCAGUAAAAUUUGGCAAUGUUUUCUGGUAUUUCACAGCUGAUCGAUCAUUUGGAUUUUCACCAACAAAUGAAAUAAAUCAAAAUGCAGCAGAUGAUUAUAAAGAUGAUCAUCAAAAACAAACAUUUCCAAAGAAACGUUUAAGUUGGCAUUUAACCGAGACUAGUGGUUUCCGUGUCGGCACCCAUUUACGUUUAAAUGACAACAAAAAAUGGCGAAAAUUAAUCUAUUGUUUAUCAUAG